AUGUUCGCUGCGCCGAUCCAGAUCCAGCCCUUGUGGCGGGGCCCUACGAGCGCUGGUGAAAGCUCAAGCUCAAAUCCAAACUCAAAUACUGGUAGAGGUGCUUUUCUCAGCACCUCCAGCACCCCUACAGCCAGCGCACAGUCCACUAUCUCUGCCCCUGGCGCUACUGCGAGCGCUACCGCCAGCGCCCCAGCCACUGAUGCCGCUUUGGCCAAGAACUUGGCUGGGUCUGAAUUAGAGCAAUCGCAUCCAUCAGGAAGUGGCCAGGGCUCCUCCCAUUUUUGGAACAGGUCCCGCUCGACCUCCACAACCUCGAAUAAUAGCGCUAGCAAUGCUACUUUGGCGGACACUUCAUCUAAUAACGAUCUCCCGCUCCCCUUUGCCUUUGCCCCCCUCGACGUCUCCAUCCCCUGCGAAAGCCUUCUUGACGAUGCCUUUAUGACUUCUGUUUCCUUUUCCAACCGUGGAAGCAUCAUGUUUGCGACUCAGGAAGCCGUCGCUAUUGACAGCGCCAUCAAGCAUCAUCAGCAAAACAUGGCCUCGAUUGAUUCGUCCUCGUCAACCUCUACCUAUUCAUCUACAAACGUCGACACCCUCGCGACCGUAAACAAUGACGAGUCCAACUCUGGCUGUGCCACCCCAACUCCUACUCCCUCCACGGCCGUUCCUCAUGACCUGACUCCUACUCCCACCACUCCUACGACGCCAAAGUUUCAAUCACAACCCCUUCCUCGACCCAGCGACGAGUCCAACGACAUGAACAACUCCAUCCAGGGGGCCGACGAUGGCUCGGGUUCGGCUCAGGACCCGACAUCAGGCCCCGACAUUCGUGUCUUGGCCGCCGACGUGGAGAAGGAAUCUCAAAAGGUGAGAUCGCUCUAUACUGUUGGCGAUGGUUCCCGCGGUGAGCCUGGUAGGAGGCACUCGUAUCACGAGCGUCUCGAGCCAACUCCCGAGGUCCCGUCCGAGGAGAAUGAACUUGACCCGUAUGAUUUUCCUUGA